AUGGAAAUAGAACAAGACCCUUCUCUCUCUAGUGCCUACAUUCGUAGCCUAGUGAAACAAUUAGCAACCACAAAAAAACCAAAAGAAACCAUGAACACCAAACAUCAUCAUGAGCAUCAAAAUUUAAGGAAACAUGUCAAAGUUCACAAAAAACAAGGUAGAAGAAGGCUUCAUACUACUAGACCUUACCAAGAAAAGCUUCUUAAUAUGGCUGAAGCUAGAAGAGAAAUUGUCACUGCCUUGAAAUUUCAUAGAGCAUCUAAGAUACAAGCUAGAGAAGAAGAGAAACACCAAAUAUACCAACAACAACAAGAUUUAAGGUUGUCUCAUUCCAACCAACAACUUUCAAGUUUUGACUUUGAGCAAGAUUUAAGGUUGUCUAGGAGAAAUCCUAGGAUUUAUCCAUCAUGCAUAAACAAUUUAUCAAAUGAUUUUUCCUAUCCUCCUUCUUCUUCUUCUUUCUCUCAUCCUUCUCUCUCACUUCCAACAUGGCCUAUUUCUUCAUCAUUUUCACCAAACCUCUUGGUUGAAAAUUCCAACAUUACCCUCCCAAACCAAACUCUAGGAUUGAACCUUACUUUACAUGAUUUCAACACCUUAGAUUCUACCCUUUUACUUGACGACGACAACAACAACAAUAAUGACUUAUCCUUUAUUUCUUAUUCACCUCCACCAUCUUUAUCUCCUCCACUUUAUCCAACAAACGAUCUCGAAAUUCCUUCUAUUAAAGAAAUAUCACAAGGAGAAGAUGCUUCUUCAAUGGUGCAUACCAUUGAAUCAAGUCCUACAAACCAGGUGAAGGAAGGAGGCUCUCAUGCAGCCAUGGAUGAUGAAGGUAUGGAAGAGAUGAGAUCAUUGGGAGAGCAAUAUCAGAUGGAAUGGAAUGACACUAUGAAUUUGGUUACAUCAACUUUGUGGUCCAAUAUCUUGAAGAAAAUGGAAAAUGAUGCACCACAAGAGGAUGCAUGUCGUCAUGUCUUUGAUGAGUUCAUGGAGUUUGAUCCUACUUGGUUGAAUGCAGAAGAUGAAAGGUGUUUAGAACAGUGGCCAGAAUCAGAGAAUUAUUUGCCAGAUCUUGGCUUACCUUGGUAA